AUAUAUAUUUGCUUGUUAUGCCUUUAAACUGCAUCCGCAACCAUCGGCUUUCAUUCAACCCUCAUGAAUUAAACCAAACAAUACCUGACCAAUCAAGAAAUCUAGCCCAUAUCCCUAAAACUGUACAAGAAACAAUUCCGUAUACAAUAAUUAAUCUUCUACUGUAUUGGUCAUUAACUCAUUAUAUUAAAAUUUAAAUAAACAUUUGUUUUAUAUGGUGGUGUGGAAAUUAUAUGGUCCACGUUUUAUUUGGAGGGAUUUUGUUUGGCACCUUUUAUUUCUGAUUUUCUGAAGAAAAAAGGCUUGGAAUUUAUGAGGUUGUGGUGCUUUGCUGUUUCUUCAGCUCUGUUCAUCUUCACUAAAAACUUUUUCUGUUUUUUGUUUUGGGUUUUUAGGUUGAUCCCUCUUUUCAUUUCAUCUGUUCUUCUUCAACUUCAUGUUGGAGAUUUUGAAGAAGGGAUUAUAUUUGUGAGGAUCGAUCAUAUUCUUUGGAUGAUAAAUUAUAUUCGUGAGGAUCAAUUAUAUUCUUUGGAUGAAUUGAAGGAGUGAAGGAGAUCGAGUAAAUACUUGUGGUUUGGAUAUAUUGCUUUAGAUCUUAAAUUUCUUGUUAAGAGACUGUGUCAGUCUUAAGUUGGAUUACAUAUAUAACUCAAAUUGGUUGCUUUCACAAAUUUUCAUGACGUUUAAUAUAAAAAGAUGAUGGAGGUUCAAAGGAGAGUUGUAUAUAGAUAUAGGAAGAUAUACUCUGAAGAUUUCCUAUUUGUGGUUUUUUAUUCCGGGUAGAUGGCAAUAUGAGCAAUAUACCUUGGGAGAAUUUUCUUUCACUGAAUGUAUAUGAGCUUUGGUGAGGUGAUAUCUGGAUGAAUAUGGACGGUUCAUCUGAUAAUGGUUGGCGGAAAUCUGCUAGUUCUAGAGGAUUGGAUACUUCUGCAUCUUCAGAAAGAAAUUUGAGGCUACUCCAUGAAAGUAGACGUAGCUUAUCUACUGAUGCAUCACGUAACUCAGUACUUGGCAGUGGGCGGAAGGUAAGAGAUUCUUUCGGGCAGGCUCCUAGUGACUAUCUCAGGAACCGCCUUGGAGCGUCUGGUGUAUCAGAGGAUGAAGUAGCUAUGGAUCCUUUAGUUCACAGCAUUGAAUGGGGUGAUGUCAGCUUGAGGCGGUGGCUGGACAAUCCAGAACGUAGCAUUGAUGUGAUUGAGUCUUUGCAUAUAUUUAGGCAGAUUGUUGAGAUAGUUAGCACGGCACAUUCUCAGGGAAUUGUGAUUAAUAAUGUACGGCCUUCCUGUUUCAUAAUGUCUUCCUUCAACCAUGUAUCCUUCAUUGAGUCUGCUUCUUGUUCAGAUUCAGGAUCAGAUUCCUUGGAGGAUGGGUUGGAUGGCCAAGAUACAGAGAGUAAACAGCAAUGUUCAUCCUUGUGUAAUGAUGAACUGAAUGAGCAGAGAAGUGGGUCAAGCCAUAGGGAAUCACAACUGAUAUCAGAAACCAUUGGCUCUAAGUCUCACACAAUCCAGGCAACAAAUCCAUCUUCUGUAGAAGAGAAAGGUUGGUGUGAAACUAAGGACGCAAAAGGCUGUAGAAAGGCUGGAGAAAAGCGGUCUUUCCCAAUGAAAGAACUUUUGCUGAUGGAGUCAGGUUGGUAUACUAGCCCAGAGGAGAUUGCUGGUGCCCCAUGUUCCUGUGCUUCAGAUAUCUAUCGCUUAGGUGUUCUUCUAUUUGAGUUAUUUUGCACGUUUAGCUCCAUUGAAGAAAAAAGUGGAACAAUGUCUAGUUUACGACAUCGAGUUCUUCCCCCACAACUUUUGCUGAAAUGGCCUAAAGAAGCUUCAUUCUGCUUAUGGUUGUUGCAUCCAGACCCUUCUAGUCGACCAAAAAUGGGUGAUCUGCUGCAAAGUGAGUUUUUUAAUGAACCUAGAGAUGAUUUAAAUGAGCGUGAAGCUGCAAUAGAACUCAGGGAAAAGAUAGAGGAACAUGAAUUGUUGCUUGAGUUCCUUGUCCGUAUGAGACAGGCCAAACAGGAUGCUGCCAGUAAGUUGCAGAAUACCGUUUCCUUUUUAUCUUCUGAUAUUGAGGAAAUAGUAAAUAAACAAAAAGCUCUUAAGAAGAAAGGAGGCACUCUCUCAGGCUCGGAGAGGAUUCGGCAGUCAGCACCAGAUCUAAGUCCAAUUAAUUCUGUUGAACAUGAUGCAACAGAUCAUAACAGGCAAGAAGUUCAGGUACAUGAUGCCGUGAAGUUUAGUUCUGUUGAAAGUGAAAGUCCUAAUCAGGAAAAUUUGCUGUCAAAGAACUCGCGAUUGAUAAAAAACUUCAAGAAACUUGAGUCAGCCUACCUUUCAACAAGGCACAGGCCAGCCAGGCUGUCAGGGAAGCCAGUGGGUGGCCAUUCUCAGCUUAGCAGCAAUAGUAGAGGGUCUGUAGUUUUAACUGAAAAAAGUUCUAGCGUUUCAUUAGCUAAAGAGCAAAGGAGUAAUAAUGGAGAAAGUGGGUGGAUUAGCCCCUUCCUUGAAGGUUUAUGUAAGUAUCUGUCGUUUACUAAAUUGAAUGUAAAAGCAGACUUGAAGCAAGGGGAUCUUCUGAACUCUUCAAAUCUGGUAUGCUCUGUCGGUUUUGAUCGUGAUGGAGAAUUUUUUGCAACUGCUGGUGUAAAUAAGAAGAUCAAAGUAUUUGAGUGUGAUGCCAUCCUCAAUGGGAAUCAUGAUAUUCAUUAUCCUGUCACUGAAAUGGCCUGUCGCUCAAAGCUUAGCAGCAUUUGUUGGAAUAGCUAUAUCAAAAGCCAGAUUGCAUCAAGUAAUUUUGAAGGCGUAGUGCAGGUAUGGGAUGCUGCAAGAAGCCAAGUAUUUGUGGAACUUAAAGAGCAUGAAAGGAGAGUCUGGUCUGUUGAUUUUUCGUCAGCAGAUCCAACACUGUUGGCAAGUGGAAGCGAUGACGGUUCAGUCAAACUCUGGAGUAUCAAUCAGGAAGCAAGCAUCGGUACCAUCAAAACCAAAGCCAAUGUCUGCUGCGUUCAGUUUCCCAUGGAUUCAGGUCGUUCUCUUGCUUUUGGUUCAGCAGACCACAAAAUAUACUACUAUGAUCUGCGGAGUCCUAGAGUACCAUUAUGCACAUUGAUUGGGCACAACAAAACUGUAAGCUACAUCAAGUUUGUGGAUUCCAACACUCUAGUAUCUGCAUCAACAGAUAACACUCUGAAGCUUUGGGAUUUAUCACUGUGUGCAUCUCGUGUUGUUGAGGGCCCUCUUCAGUCAUUUACUGGUCACACAAAUAUGAAGAACUUCGUAGGUUUAUCUGUAUCAGAUGGUUACAUUGCCACAGGUUCCGAAACAAAUGAGGUAUUCAUUUAUCACAAAGCCUUUCCUAUGCCAGCUCUGUCGUACAAAUUCAGCAGUUUAGAUCCACUUUCGGGCAACAAAUCAGAAGAUGCUGCACAGUUCAUCUCUUCUGUUUGUUGGCGCGGUCAAUCAUCAACACUUGUAGCAGCAAACUCCACUGGAGAUGUCAAGCUGCUGGAAAUGGUUUGAUUUUUAGAUUGCCUUCAGCUGGCAAAGAAAAAAUGUAUAGAAGAAUUGGAAGAGCUACUCCCCACAGAUUCCUUUUUCAAGCAUUGUUUGCUUGAACUUUUCGGUUGGUGAAUUGGUUGGAGGGAUUAACCAUAGCAAUUUUGAUAUUAGAUCAGAGCCGAUGCCAUGGGUGUGAAGACUCGGAGAUAUUAUUUGCUGUAAAUAAUUUUUUUAGGCACAAAGAAGGGUAAUAUGAUCAGAUCAUGCCCUUGUAUAACCCUCUUAUAUAGGUCAAAAUCUUAUUUUCUCACUGUUGGAGCCUUCCAAUUAGUGAUUUUGUGAUGCUAAACUUUCAUUUUUCAGCAAUGCAACUUAAAUGAAAUACAUAGUUUAUCUUUACAAUGUUA